AUGUCGGGCAAGAUUGAUGCUGCCGUCAAGGAGGUCAAGGCCAACGCGCCUGGCCAGAUGUCCGGCUUCCAGCUCUACUCCAGAUUCGCCCUUGCCGGUGCCAUCUGCUGCUCGGUGACCCACGGUGGUCUCACCCCCGUCGAUGUCGUCAAGACCAGAAUCCAGCUCGACCCCCAGACCUACAACCGUGGCAUGAUCGGUGGCUUCCGCCAGGUCAUCGCCAAGGAGGGUGCUGGUGCUCUCCUGACUGGUGCUGGUCCCACCUUCGCCGGUUACUUCCUCCAGGGAGCUUUCAAGUUCGGAGGUUACGAGUUCUUCAAGCAGCAGGCUAUCAACACCGUUGGUAUUGAGUCUGCCACCAACAACCGCACCGUUGUCUACCUUGCCUCGUCCGCUUGCGCCGAGUUCUUCGCCGACAUCGCCCUGUGCCCCCUUGAGGCCACCCGUAUCCGUCUCGUCUCCGAGCCCACCUACGCCAGCGGUCUCGUCUCUGGUUUCAGCAAGAUGCUGAAGAAUGAGGGAUUCGGUGCCUUCUACGCCGGAUUCGGCCCCAUCCUGUUCAAGCAGAUCCCCUAUACCAUGGCCAAGUUCGUCGUGUACGAGAAGGUCGCCGAGGCUGUCUUCCGCAAGUUCCCCAAGGAGUCCCUCUCCGACGGCCAGCAGACCCUUGCCAACUUGGGCUCCGGUCUGAUCGCCGGUUUCGCCGCCGCCAUCGUUUCCCAGCCCGCCGACACCAUGCUGUCCAAGAUCAACAAGUCCAAGGGUCUGCCCGGUGAGAGCACCACCAGCCGUCUGAUCAAGAUCGCCAAGGAGCUUGGUCUUAAGGGCUCGUACGGUGGUAUCGGUGCCCGUCUUGUCAUGGUUGGUACCUUGACUGCCGGUCAGUUCGCCAUCUACGGUGACAUCAAGAAGGCUCUUGGUGCCACUGGCGGUGUAGAAAUCGGCAAAUAA